AAUAGAUAUUGAAUCUAUAUUGUUAUUACAUGAAAAUUCAAAACAAUUCAAUACAAUACGCACAAGAUAUAACACCUCUAUUAAUCAUGACUAAAAUAUAUUUAGGUUUAUUUGCUCUAUUGAACUGCGCUGUUUUUCUAAACUGUACAUUGACUAGGGCGAGAAAUGUACAUCUUGUCGACCACAAAGGGUAUAUGAGAAGAGUAAUUAACGAAGCCAUGAGAGAUGUGGAGAAGAUGGGAUGGUGGAAUUUAGAUAUACCUGAAUUUUCUAUGGUCAUAAACGAAGACGUUCUACAUUGGCCAGUAGUCGGUACAGUCUACUUCCGUCAUGGUUUUACCACAUCCAUUCAACGGUUGGAAAUAUCGAAUAGUAUAAAUCAAAAUUGGAAUUGGAACGUAGAUGGCACUGCUGUGGUAAGAGUGACGGGGUCGCUUGUUAUGCACGACGUAGUGGUUGGAUUCGAUGUGGAGUCGCAUAUAAAUAAUAUUGUUCAUCAUUCUACUGCAACGUUCAGGCGUGCAACGCUUACUUGUAAUAUUGCGUUAUUCAAGAAUAUGCACACGAACGAAAUGCAUGUUACUGUGGAUGUGUCACACCCAACUAGUUCCAAUAGAUUGGUAUUCAUGCCAUCAGAUAACAUAACACAAGUUAUAACUGCUUUAUACAACCAAAACAGUACCUUCACUGGCAUCACUCAAUGGGGACCGCAGAUAUUUGAACCAAUCUUUUUAGACGUCGUUACAAACAAAAUCGAGUUUCCGGACGUAUGUUACGACUGUCCCGUGUCGUAAUUAUUUCAUUAAUAAAACUACAUUAAAAUAGUU